AUGAAACUUUCAAAAUCAGUCUUACUUUCCCUUUUGGCUAUUUCUCCAUCCAUGGUCAGUGCCAUGUUGCCCAUCCACGUGAAGAGUUUCCGUUUUAUCAAGCCAUCUUCUCCAGAAAAUGAAGCAGGUGAAAACGAAAUUUUUUACGUGAAAGGUGUGGAUUAUCAACCAGGUGGUUCUUCAGCUUAUGAUGCCGAUUCAAACAGCGACGUCCUUUCUGAUGCUGACCAAUGUGCUAGAGAUGCGUUCGUCUUUCAACAAUUAGGAAUCAACACCUUAAGAGUUUACUCUUUGAACCCAGAUGUUAACCAUGAUAAGUGUAUGACAAUCUUAAAUGACGCCGGUAUUUACGUAAUUUUAGAUGUCAACAGUGGUAAUUACGGUGAAAAUUUGAAUCGUGCUGAUCCAUCCGGUACCUACAAUGGUCAAUAUUUGACUAGAGUUUUUAAAUUCAUUGAUGCGUUCAAGAAUUAUCCAAACGUUCUUGGGUUCUUUUCUGGUAAUGAAGUCAUUAAUGAUGAAUCAAAUUAUGCUUCCAUUGAUCCACCUUACAUUCGUGCUGUUCAAAGAGAUAUGAAACAAUAUAUCGCUAAACACUCUAAUAGAACUAUCCCAGUCGGUUACUCAGCCGCAGAUAAUACCGAUUUGAGAUUAGCAACUUUCAGAUAUUUACAAUGUAACUCCAUGGAUGGUAAGAACGUUAAUGAUGCCCUAGAAGAAUCUAAAUCUGAUUUCUUUGGGUUGAACAGUUACGAAUGGUGUUCUGGUACUUCUGACUGGACUUCAUCUGGUUAUGAUAAAUUAAAUUCUACGUUCAGCGAUGCAGUAAUCCCAUUGAUCUUCUCCGAAUACGGUUGUAACAAAAAUACUCCUAGAACUUUUGAUGAAGUUACUGACGGGUUAUAUUCCAAUGAUGGGUUAGCAGGUCUUUUCUCAGGUGGUCUCGUUUAUGAAUUCGCUGAAGAAGCUAACAAUUACGGGUUAGUGGAAGUUGAUGAUUCUGAUGGUUCCAUUCAAUACAAGAAAGAUUUUGAUAACUUGAAGUCACGUUACAAUAAAUUAGAUUUACCAACAACAAAGGAGUCUGAUGUAAAGAACAACACAAUUUAUAAGUGCGAUGCCUCCAAAAUUUCCAGUGCUUAUUCCGAUUUUGGGUCCAAGAACUUUACCAUUCCUGAUCAGCCAUCUGAUGUUGCUAAAAUGAUUAAAUACGGUGUCAAUGGUACCAACACAGGGUCUAUCCUUUCCGAUUACACUGUUCCAACUUCAUUUAACUAUACCAUUAAGGACUCCAAUGGUGAUGAAGUUUCUGCCACCUUGACUUAUGCUUCUAGUAAUCUAGUCAACAAUUUAAAGGGUGUCAGUACAGCUGUUGCAUCUUCAACAUCUACCACUUCUUCCUCAGAAUCGAAGACCUCAAGUGCUUCAUCUACUACUUCAAGCUCUUCUAAGAGUAAGGGUGCCGCUGAAAUGGUUAACGUCCCAUUUGUUCAAACUGGGUUGAUGGCCUUAAUAACUGGUUUGUUGAGUGCCUUGAUUUAG